AUGUACAAGCUGGUGAUCCUGAUGUGCGCCGUGGCCGCCGCCCACGCCGGCUACCUGGGAGGCUACGCCGCCCCCGCCAUCGCCGUGGCGCCCGCCGUGGCCGCCCCCGCAGUCGCCGUCGCCCACGCCCCCGUGGCCGUGGCGCCCGCCGCCUCCUCGUACGCCAACACGUACCGCGUGUCGCAGACCGCCCGCCUCCUGGCCGCCCCCGCCAUCGCCGCCGCGCCCGUGGCCUACGCCGCCCCCGCCAUCCACGCGCCUGUGGCCUACGCCGCCCCUGCUCUCGCUGCUCCCUUCCUCAAAGUGCACUGA